CGAUUCAGUGUGCAGGAUGUGAUUGCUGCCAUCCAAAAUGGAGAAAGUGAGUUUGAGACGGAAUCAGAGGACAGUGACACUGAUAUGAGUGAAGAAGAGGCAGAUGAAGAUGCCUGUGGCCACAUGGACAAGGAAAACCAACAACCCAAUGACCCCCCAGUCAGUGAUUAUGUGGACAUCGAGCCCCAACAACACCUGUGUCCCAUUGGUAGUGAAGGUCCUUGAUCGUGGAAUUCAUUAUGUGGGAACAGCCAGGCAGAUGCGCUUACCCAACUGCAACCUUGAAGAGGAGAAGAGCUUGAAGAAAAAAGGGAGAGGAAGCUUUGACAUCCGAGUGGAGGCCAACCACAGCCUCUGUGCUGUCAAAUGGUAUGAGAGCAGAGCGCUCACACUUGUGUCAUCCUUUGCUGGACCAGACCCUGUGCAGAGAAUUCAACGCUGGGACAAAGCCAACAAAACCUACACCCUGUGCAGAGAAUUCAACGCUGGGACAAAGCCAACAAAACCUACGUAG